AUGAUGUAAAAUUAUUUUGAAUGAUAGCUAAAUGCCAGAAUCAUAAUUGGGAUCAGUUAGAAUGAGACCUUCAUAAAUCCAGAUUGAUGAUGAUUAAUAAGCUUCAAGUAGAAGACGAAAUUUUUUAUCUCCAACAUUUAGUUAAAAUCUACCCCUUUUUAGGGAAUUGUAUGCAGUUUUAAAAUGAAAAUAGACAAUCGAGAUAAGCGUAAAAUAGAGAACAAGAUUAUUCAAACAGUAUUAUUACACUUACAGAUGAAAAGGUAUUCAAAAUACAAAUUAGGUAAUUUCAUGUCAUGCUUAAAUGAUAAAGUCUCUUAUGUUCAAUCUAUUUUUACAAGCAUUUUUUGUUAAUUAUUUUACUUAUAUGCAUUGGAAAUAUAGUCAUCGUUAUGUACUCUUGUAAUUAUGGAUAUAAGACUUAAUAACAAUAUUUAUUUUGAUAUACUAUAAUUAUAGAAAAGGAGAUGAUUGUAUUUGGUAACUUAUAGAAACUAUGUUUUUAUUCUUUUUUAAAGUAUAUUAUACAUUUUAAUAGAUAUUCAUUGUAUUCUACUAUGAAGUAUAAACUUUUAAAAUCUAUUUCAUAACAAUUAUGAUGUUAGCAGUUUCAUCAUUACUUUUAAUAAUGAAAUUAGUACAAAAAAUUAAGACUCCAACUAAAACUAGUACUGCAUUAGUAAAUUUAAAUAUUUAUAUAAGAUAUUAUAAUUUCUAAAAACUAUGUGUUGUCUUUAAUUACUAUUAAUAACACUUAAAUGGGAAUCAAAGAUUUCUUGGUCAUGGAUUUAAAUAUUUCUAUUAUUAUGGGUAUUCCUAGUUGUUUGUGCAUUAUUAUUAUUUAUUUCAUUAGUUAGUUGUAUUGAAACUUUAGUGAAUAUUAUCAAAAAGAAAUAACAAUGUCAUUACUGUAUUUUUUUAUUUAUUUUUUUAGUGGCAGGCAAUUUAUGGAUAUUAAUUAUGUUAAUAGGAUUUUCACUUUUUCCUUUUUUAUUCAUUUUGAGAACUGCUGAAUUUUAUGAGGGUAAUCAAUUAAUUAGUCUAACCGAAACUGCUAAAUAUAUUGUCAUUAUAAUUUUAUUUUCUUUAUUUCUUCUCAUUUUCACUCUCUGUUUCUAUAAAUAAAUUAAGUAAUUUAUUAUUUUUAUUAAUAUUAUUUUAGAGCUUACUUGAAAGAUGUUUAAGGAAUAACUGAUUAAAAUGAAAAUGAUUAAUAAUAAACAGUAUAAUCACCUAAUUCUAGAUAACUUAAUUCUCCACAUUAACCUAAAAAAUUAGAAUUUGUUAAAUUAGGAAUCCCUUUAUAUUUAAUUAAAUUAUCUUGUACUUAUUUUGCAGUUCUUGAUAAAGCUGCUUUUGAAUUUAAAAAAAAAUAAAAUUCUCAUUAAGAAUUAGAGUCAGGACGAUCUAAUAUAUAAGGAUCUACUAUGAGAGAAACAUGGAAAAAAAUACUUUAAAAACCUGUAACUAGCAAUUCUAUGAUUAUUAAUAAAAAAAAGAAUGAAAUUGAUUUAGAUAUAUAAAAACCUGCCAUUACUGAUAAUAGUAUUUAAACAUAAUAAUAUAUUAUAGUAAAAAUAAAAAGAGAAGAAAUACCAGCAACUGUUUCAAAAUAAGAAUAAGAAGAUGAACCUAUUAAAUCUAUUAAAUCUAUUAAAUCAGAUGGAGAAUCUAGUGUUAAUUAAGACAAAUGUCUUGUUUGUUAUGAAAAUAUUCCAAAUAUUGUUUUUGUACCAUGUCGUCAUGGAGGCAUCUGUUAAUAAUGUGCAGAAGAUGUAAUAUAAAAAUCUAAUGAAUGUUAUCUAUGCAGAAAAGUAAUUAUAAACUAAAUUUGAAUUUUAGACAAUUAAUUAAAUUUUGAAAGUAUAAAAGAAUGUAAAUAAAUAACUGGAAGUCUAAGAGGCAUCAAUUUUGGGCUGA